CUGUAGUGUAGUCCGGAGUGUCAUGGGGACCAUUAUCGACAAAGUUACCCGUGAUUUCGUAACCAACCAUCGACGAUAAAGAGUGAUUAGUGUGGAUAUCUGCACUAGUCAGUUUCCAUCUGUGGAGCCAGGUAUAGGGGCUUUGAGGUCAACGGAGAUCAAGGAUAUUGCAUAGAGGAAGCAAUGGAGUGUGCCACAAAUACCACCCUUGAGGAUGACGAUCCCUCUGAGAAUGUGAAUGCACUCGAGGGCAUAGCUACAAGGCAGGGAAGUGAGACCCCACACAAGAAAAAUAAGAAGCACAAAAAACACAAAAGUAAAAAGAAGAAGAAGAAACAUAAGGGAGAAAAGGAGAGUAGUUCUGAAUCUGGCAUGGAGUCAGAUGGAGAGUCUCGAAUAAGAGCAAGUGUGAAAAAAGAAGCUGCAUUAGCCUCAGAGGCUGAACAUAAAGCAGAUGUAAAAGAAGAAACCACAAGGAACUUGGUUGCGGACUAUUCAGAUGAUGAGGAAGAUGGAAAAAGUAAAAAACAGAAACGCCACGGUGGUAAAAAGAAGAAAAAGAGAAGGAGAAAGGAAGGAGAAAAGCAAGAGAAAAAAUCUCCAUCUCGAUCAGAGAGCACCUCUGGCUCUGGAACUGAGUCAGAGUCUGAAUCAAAACUACCCCAAAGAUCGCAAAUGGGUUCUCACAACAUGCUGUCUCCUGUGACUGCAGCUACGGUUCAGAAGGACAAGCGUGAGGACAGGGUGCCACAAUUGGAAGAGAAAAAAGAAGAAAUGACAGUAAAAUGUGAGCCUGUUCAUAAUGAAAACGCAAUUUCAAGCGCAGCACCUAAUGUUGGUGAGGGGAAAGAUUUGGAGUGUCCUGACAAUGUGCUUCUGUCAGUUAAAGAAGAGCGUGGACCUGGUGUGAAAGUAGUUGCAGCCAGUGGUGAAAAUGGGAAUUUUAGCAAAGCUCAGGAUCUUCCUGAUAUUAUCCCCAAACAGGAGAGUUUGCACAAAGAGGAUGUAUGUCAGAAGGAGAGAAAUGGGGAGCAGAAAGAAAAGGGCAAAGAUCAGCAUGGAGCGAACCAUUCACCGUCAACAUCUAGGUCUCGUUCCCGCUCUGUAUCUAAACGAGCCAAGUCAAGCCCCAGUCGCUCCAGGAGUCCUAAGCGAUCCUCUGGUAAAUUGCAGUCCCGGAAAGACCGGUCCCUGUCAAGAAGGAGGUCUACAUCUGGCCCCAGAAGAAAAAGUAGUCCAAAGAGGAGGCGGUCUAGAUCCCAAUCAGGAAAGCGACGGUCGAGGUCACAGUCCAUCAAGCGAUCAGGACGCAGGUCGAGGUCUUUGUCUGCCAAGAGAAGGCGUCGUUCUAAUUCCAGGUCACGCACCAGGAAUAAGCGAUCCCGAACCAGAUCCCCAUGGCGUGGCCGACGAACAAGGUCUAGGUCCAUUGUAAAGCUACGUCGCUCACGCUCAAGGUCGAAGCGGUCAUUGUCUCGUCGCAGGAAUCGCCGAUCAAGAUCCCGUUCUAGAUCGGUGCGGAGAGGCAGGCGAUCAAGAUCCCGCUCACGCCAGAGGACACCAGUGUCUCGGGCAAGGAGAUCCCGAUCCAGGUCAGUCAGACGGACAAGGCGGACACGGUCAAGGUCCAUUGUAAUCCUGAGGCGAUCUAGAUCACGUCUGAGGAGAAACAGGCGAUCAAGAUCAAGGUCCAGACGCAAAAACAGGUCGAGAUCUAGGACUCCAAGGCGACGAAGCAAAUCCCGGUCUCCUCGGCGUUCCAGACUCUCCAAAUCUAGAUCGCCUGCAGUUCAAAAAAGGAAGUCAAUAUCAGGGUCUCCAAGGAGGAACAGAUCAGAAUCUCAGUCUCCUAUACGGAGUAAACGGUCUAAAUCGCGUUCUGUCUCAGACCAUUCUAAGUCUAGGUCACCCAAAGCAAGUGGUGGACGAAACAAACAAAGAGGCAAGCGCUCAAGGUCCAUAUCUCAGAGGGACAGCUCUAGAUCUAGAUCUGCUUCAAGGGGGAGACAUUCUUCUGAUGGAAGUGUAUCCCCAGCCAAAAGUAGGCAUUCGAAAUCUCAGUCUCCCGCCAAAGAGAAGAAACCCUCAGCUGAACUGCAAAAUAAGGAGAUGGCUGAUGACAUCAGUUCCAAGGGUAGAUCUCCUGAGGCAAAAUCUCUAGCCACGAAGGCUGGAGAGGACAACUUGAAGAAGGAAGGAACUGUAAAGGGAUCAUGGAAACCUGUGCCAUUUGAAUGUACAACACCACAAAACACAGAUGUUAAAAAGUGCUCCACCAAUGUUUCUUCAUUGGACAGCAUCAAAAAUCCAGUGCAUACAUCUGAAUGUAGGCCAAGAAACAGUUCCUCCAGAUCUAGGUCUUCCUCUCCAGAACCAUUACCUCGACAGUCUGUCAGUGCUGAAUCUGAGGAAAAUGACAAUGAUGACCAAUCAGAUAACUCAAGAUCACCCUCACCAGCCUCUGCGAAAAAAGAGCCGGUCACAGAGUCAUCCGGCAGGAAGAGACAGGCUUCAAGACAAAGGCAGUCGUCAACAUCAAAGUCACCUUCUCGGAGAAGGCACUCCAGAUCAACCUCAUCCACUCAAAGGAGGCGGUCCAAAUCAAAAUCUGUGAGUGGAAGGAAAAGGUCGAGGUCUAAGUCUCCUGUAAGAAAGCGAAAGUCUAGAUCACCAUCACGCAGUCGAAGAAAGCGGUCAAAAUCAAGAUCUCCGGGUCGGAAGAGGCGAUCACGCUCAAGAUCGGUGACACGAAGGAGGAAAUCAAGGUCUAAAUCUCGAAAUAGGAACAAGCAUUCAAAGUCCCGAUCCCCAAAAAGGAUGCGAUCAAAAUCUAGAUCACCUGCAAGGAAAAGACGUUCAAAAUCUCGCUCUCCAGUUCGAAGAAAGCGAUCAAAGUCAGUAGAAAAAAGCAAACGCUCCAAGUCUCGCUCUCCUGCCAGGAAGAGAAGAUCUCGUUCACGGUCUAAGUCUAGAGCACGUCGCUCGCGAUCAAGACGGUCUCGUUCUACCUCUCGUAGGUGGAGACCAGUGUUUAGAAGCAGGUCCUUUGACAGACGAGAUCGUUGGAAACGUGAGCCAAGUCAUUCCCCAGUCCUCAUCCUUCGAAAGAAGAGGUCAACCUCUCGAAGUCGUCGUAGCUCUAGCAAGACGCCGCCACGCCUCACUGACCUAGAUAAAGACCAGUUGCUGGAAAUUGCAAAAGCUAACGCAGCUGCUAUGUGCGCUAAAGCAGGGAUGCCCAUUCCUGAAAGCCUCAAGCCCAAGGCUAUUCUCCAGCUUCCUCUACCGACCCCCGCCCCCGCACCACUGUCUCUACCUUUGCCUCUCCCCAUGAACCUGCCUAUGAAUUUGCCUAUGGGAAUGCCAGGUAUGCCUGGGAUGCCUAACAUGACUAUGAAUGCUGCCAUGGCUAGCAUGACAGCAGCUACCAUGACAGCAGCCCUGUCUAACAUGGGAGCUUUGGCAGCCAUGUCCCCCAUGCCUCCACUACCCACUAUCACUAACAAGCCCCCACCAGCUCCCACUCCCAACCUAGCCAACAUUGAAGAGGUGAAGAGGAAGGUGGCUCAACAAGCUAAUAGCAUCAGUAUCAAGGAGCUCACUGAGAAAUGUAAGCAGAUUGCAGAAAGCAAGGAGGAAAUGGCUGUUGCAAGACCACAUGUCUCUGAUGAUGAGGAUGAUGGAAAACGGUAGUCCACUGCUCAGCUGGAGCACUGACACCAGUCCAUACAUCUAACCACUGAUGGCUGUAAAUAGAUGAAGUUUGCCCAAGAGCACAUUGUCAAGUAAAUCAGUUUUGAAGAUUGGGAUUUCAAGAGCCUCUGACAACAGUGGCAUCAGUGGUCUUCUUGAAGCAUUUUUACCCAAACCAGGACAAGAACAAGACCUUGAUCAAUCAUCACUGCUGGUUGUAGGAGCUUUUGGUUUGUAUUUCGUAUAUAAGGGACUACAAUCACCAGACCACCCCAGUUAAUGUGCAUCCAGAGGUGGAGUGUGGCGUUUCUUUUCAGAGCAAAGAAGACACACUGCCUGACUGAUUUAAUAGUAAAAAUUCUUUCACUUUCAGGAUUAGUUUGACCCUGACUGUACAUAGUGCCUCCUGUCUGUAAUGAUAAAUACUUUUUAACUCAACACCUCUCACAGGCAUGAAGUGCACCACUUUAUGUGUCUUGGAGCACAGAACGGUCAUGCUCUGUCUGCUACAUCAUCAUCGGGAUGUUUUGGUUAAAUAGGAUGUGAAUUUUUAUUGUCUUCAGUGUUUCUUGCCCUGUAAAAGUAAAUUGACAUAACCAUCCUUAAUACUUGUCUUUUUUUUAAUGUUCUUUAUUGUCGUGGAUAAAACGAUAAAGUAAUUAAGGUGGUAUUCUCAGAGGGUUUUUUUUUUCUUUUGCUUUGAGAUUUUGAAUUUAAUUUCUUCUCCUUUUGGUAUAUUAAUUUUGAAGUUCAUUCUCUAAUUGAGUACAAAGGUUAAUGAAUGGCAUGGUUUUGAUGUGCAUUUUGUAUUCUGACUGAUGACCUUCCAGCUUAUGCCAUUUUUCCAAUUUCAUGCUACGCAGGAGGUUAUGUAUAUGUUCUGGUUUGAUGCAGUGCAUCCCCCCCCCAAAAAACCCCAGUAGACAUUUGUUUUAUGUUGGCUUUAGAACUGUGUUUGCAUUUCUCAGUGUUUUUUCUUUUCCCUCUCUACAGGACAUGAUACAAUUUGCCCUUUUAAAAUCCUGUAUCCCUGUAUUGUUUUAAAAAAAAUGAGAAUGCGUUCAGAACGUGGUGUAUAAUGUUUUAUCUGGUUUGGGAUAACUGAAUCUGAUUUGUUUGAACCUGUUUUUCAAGUUCAGUGGAAAGGAUGAUUUAGUUAUAUUAUACCCAAGAGACGAGAACCAUCCCCUGUCAUUCUGAAGAAGGGGGCAUUCAAAUUUCUGCAGUGGAUUUCAGAAAGCUGUUGUGUUGGACACCUGUACUGUAACUUGUACUGUGUGGUUUUUAGGUGUCCAUUUUAUUUGUCUUUUUUUUUUAUAUCUGCUUUUUCUCCCUCAGACUGUUUUGACACCAUGGAUAUGAUCAGUUUAAGGUGGUUCAUAGUAAUGGCUUCCAUUGAAAGUAGAAUCUAAUGAAGAGUUAAGGUUGUUUGUUCUAAAAUAGAGGUUGCUUGCUCUAGAGUAUGCCCUGAACCAGGUUUUUAAACCUUAAGUUGAACAGCACAUACCUCCCCAGACCUCAAAAAUACAAGCCUCGUUAUAAAAUGUACUAUACCAUCACUCUCUCUCUCUCUCUCUCUCUCUCUCAAAAGAAAUGUUAUUACUUGAGUAAGUAUUAUAGGUGUAAUACAAAGGAAUAUGUAAAUGUGUUAUGUUCACAACACUGGUGAUUGUAAAAUGCCCAGUACAGCACACAUUUCAAUAUUUCUUUCCCUCACCACUUCAAGUGGAGCAGUUGGUUUAGCAAGUAGAAAUGCAGUUUACUGAAGCAGUCUGGGGAAAAAAAUGCGUUCUAGUCACUGUAAGCAGCUGCUUUUGACCUAACUCUCCUGUGAUACGUAGGCUUUGUGUUUAAGAUUAGGGAAAAAAAAACUACCUUGUGAUUAUUUUGAUUUCGUGUACAGAUCCAGCCCCGUUGUAACAUAACAAAGCAGAUGUCACCGGGAAAUUGAUGAGCCCAUACAAAAUGCAGAGUUUGGGAAAGUACUGGCAACCCUUGAUGUUUCAUCUUUAAUAUAGGGUAGAAUUGCACAUUCCUACUGUAAAACGCGAGGAAUCUACAUUUUUGGUCAUAAAAUCGUUUACUCCUUUCCCCUAAUCAGCUAUUAGUAUGUGACCUUUCUUGCUUUGUACAUAAGUCGAUAUUGAUUAUUAAAGGAAAUUACUAAAA